AUGUAUCUGGAUAAUGCUCAUGAUGUCUGGUCUGAUCUCCAUGAUCGAUUCUCUCAAGCUGACUCUGCCAGAUCCUAUCAGCUCAAGCAGCGGCUUAUGGCUCUUGUGCAAGGACAUUCGGAUGUUAGCAUAUAUUUCACUAAUCUUAGAAUUGUGUGGGAUGAAUACAAACACUCACAACCUGCUGCUUGGUGCACGUGUGGUACUUGUAGGUGCAAUAGUGCCCUAAGUUGGCACACCUAUCAGGAAGAUGAAUGCACAAUUCAGUUUCUAAUCGGUUUGAACUCUUCUUAUUCUCAGAUCAGAUCUGCUAUCCUAUCAAUAGUGCCAUUACCUUCUCUAUCUAAGGCAUUCUCUCUUGUUAUUCAAGAGGAGAGGCAACGAACAAUUGAUGGUAAUAUGCUAAACUCUUCUCCAGUUUCCUCUAGUGAACAACCUUUCAGCAUCAAUGCAGCUUCAUCCACUUUUGGUCGUGGCAAACUAUUAUGCUCUCAUUGUGGUCGUACCAACCACACUGUUGAUAGAUUCUUCUCCUUACAUGGUUAUCCCCAAGGUUUUGGCAAGGGAACAGGCAAGCCUCCCUAUAGAGAGUUCUCUAACUCCAAAGUGGUGAAUUAUGUUGAAGAAUCCACUGAAAACUGUGAUAAAGUAGUCAGUUCACUGCCUCAAUCUGCAGGCUCUCCUUCUUCUGAUCAACUCCAGCAGCUUAUCUCUCUUUUGCAUUCUCAGCUUGCUGCUACAUCUGCAUCAAAUUUGUCUCAAUCUGCAUCUUCUCCUUAA